AUGGCUCAUUCUGCACAGAAAGAAAUCCGGGAAGCUUUCAAGGUGUUCGACCGUGAUGGGAAUGGCUUCAUCUCCAAGCAGGAGCUGGGCACAGCCAUGAGGUCUCUGGGCUACAUGCCCAAUGAGGUGGAGCUGGAGGUCAUCAUCCAGCGGCUGGAUAUGGAUGGGGAUGGGCAGGUGGAUUUUGAGGAGUUUGUGACGUUACUGGGUCCCAAGCUCUCCACCUCGGGGAUCCCCGAGAAGUUCCACGGCACAGACUUCGACACUGUCUUCUGGAAGUGCGACAUGCAGAAACUGACAGUUGACGAGCUGAAGAGGCUGUUGUAUGACACCUUCUGCGAGCAUCUGUCCAUGAAGGACAUUGAGAACAUCAUCAUGACUGAAGAGGAGAGCCACAUGGGCAAUGCUGAGGAAUGCCCCGUUGAUGUAGAGACCUGUUCAAACCAGCAGAUCAGGCAGACGUGUGUCCGGAAGAGCCUCAUCUGUGCUUUUGCUAUCGCUUUCAUCAUCAGCGUCAUGCUGAUCGCCGCCAACCAGGUGCUGCGGAGUGGGAUGAAGUAGCUCAGACAGAGAGACCGUCAGCCAGAAGAACAAACACAGAGAUACCUAUAUAAAUAUAAAUAUAUAUAUAUAUACACACAUAUAUAUAUAUAUAUAUAAAAAAUAUAUAUAAUCUAUACACCACGGGGGGAGAAAGCAAACUGUUUUCCUCCAUGGCACACGUCUUGGGGACACCCACCGGCUCCUCACUGACAUCCUUUGUUUCCCUCCUCCGACUCCGCCUCUGAUGGGAAUGCCCUUCCUGGAGACAGGGCCCUUUGUCUGCAAAUCACCUGCCUUGCCCUGGGGCUGGAGAGGUCACCUGGAUUCGCAUGGCUGUUUGCAGAACAUUUAAACUAAAAGUGCAUGCAACGUGCAUGGACCCCCCUCCUGUCUGAGUGAUGCAAUAGCGUGUGCUUUUAUAACUGGGUACUAGGAUCCUAUCAGAUAUAUAAUAUAUUCUAUAUCUCUAUAUUUAUGAUAAACCAAAUCGUCCCUUAAGCAAUACACACUCGUCAAGAUUUUCUAUUGGAGAUUUGGGUGUUGCAUGGACCUCAGUAACAAGGGCUGGAUUCCACCACUUGCUGAAGCAUCACCACCCCAGAACCACCUCCAUGCUUCUAACCUCCUCCUAGCAGGCUCCUUCCCAGAAAUUCACACUCUUCACCAUAUCUACCCCCAUCCUGUCAUUAAGCCUGCUCUGUGCAAACCAGGGUAUGCUGCCAGUGGAAGGAGACAGCAAUCGCUGCUGGUUUAUAGUCUAUUCUGUAUUGUCUAGUCUGUAUUGCAGCUCAGUCCCUGCUGUCAUCAGAGAACCCACACAUGGGACAUUCCCUAGCUAUUCUUACCAGGUGUGACUGGUGCUUGAUGGGCAUCAAAGCACCCUGGAGGAGUUCACAGCAGGUGUGACUCACCUGAUUUUGGCCUUGGAAGCACCCCUCUGACUCAAGACCUCACUGUCUCUUGGGUAUGGUCAUCAUCACUGUCACUAGAAGCAGUGCCCAAUCCAUCGUACAUUCCAGAGAGGCAGCGUGGACCACUGAGCAGAGGACUAGAGUGGGACUUAGGGCACCUGGGUUCUCUUCCUGCUUCUGCCACGGACCUGCUGGAGGACCCUGGGCAAGUCCCUUCCCCUCUCUGUGCCUCAGUUUCCCCAUCGUAAAAUGGGGGUGAUGAUACUGACCUCUGUUGUAAAGCACUUUGAGAUCUACAGUUGAUAAGAGGUGGGUUAUUAACCAGCAGGAACUGCUGGACCCCACUGCUAUUAAUCAGCCAUCCCCAAAGGUUGCUGGCUAUAAGCUGCCUUUGAGCGCUGCUCCACCCCAGUUCCAGAGACGGCUGCCACCUCUCUGGUCUGGUAAAUGAAUGUCCUGAGGGAGCACUUCUGAACUGCCCUAUACCCACACACACUCACCCUGGCUCCCAUCACCUGUACCUGCUCCCUGCCCAUAUCUGUAUCUGAACACUGUACAUGCUCACACACCCUCUAGCCUGUAUGUAGCAUCCACCUGUUCAUCAGACUGGUUUGGAUUUUGGUUUUUCAUUUUUUUCCCCCAACCCAAAUAAAAAUGUAAUUUAUAAACUG